CUUUGGCGGACUUCACCGCAAGAGAGGUCAAUUUGAUCACCAGCACCGAGAUGGAGAUCAUGACCCUGCCGCCAGAGGGCGAGGAGUCAGGCACACCACUGGUGUUAUCGUACCUGGCUACCCCGGGCGGAGAGCACUACGAUGCCGUCAAGUUCGUGGGAGGCUGACGGACUGGAUCGGCCUCGGGGUGGGGGGAAGGGGUACUGGUCGGGCCGGAGUAACGCUCAGGAGUACGGUGAGAAACCGGCAGUGACGAUUCCCCACCGGAGGGAAGUACCAAUCCGGCCAGAGGAGUAUGGAGCCCGACUCAUAACCAAUGCCAUCGACAGAGACGUGUCAUGUGACUCAAGCUGCAAGAUCACCUCCUGCAAGGCAGGAUGUGAUUCCUGGACAAACACAUCUCUAGCAGACUGCACAAGAGCAUGUAAUGAAAGUUUUACAGCCAACUCCACAGUGAAAGUAGCACCUUGUUCUACCGGAUGCACAUUUGCACAAGAUGUCUAUGUUGAAAGAAUAAAAGCUGACCUGAACUCCCCCUCCCCACCCCACACCCCCAGCAGUGCCCUCGUGUCCCAUGACUCCGUAGUGUUACGGUGGGAGGAGGCGAACAGCAGCCUCGUUACCUACCUGGUGCAGUGGAGAUUUAACAAUGGCAAUUCAGACUGGAGAUUUUACCUACCGUCACAACCCCUUCAGGACCCCAACAUUACAGUGUCAGGUCUCCACGCCUACACAGCUUACAGGUUCCGAGUCCUGUGGCUCAUCACCUCCGAGGAGUUCAUUGCAUCUCCGCAGAGCGAUGUCAUACAGACCCUGCCUUUUGGAGUCCCCUCCAGUCCACCAAUCAUCACCCAGCUCACCAGCCCGACCACGCGCUCCGUUUACGUCGCCUGGAACCCGCCGCAGUUCCCUAACCGCCCGCUCCUCGUCUACAACCUCGUCCUGACCAACCUGGACCAGACCUCGGAGGUUCCCGUCUUCAAGGACGUGCCGGCGAGCCAGCUGUACUUCCAGUUCUCGGUCAGCGUUCGGCCUAACACGACAUACAGCGUAGCGGUGCGGGCGCAGAAUAGUGAUGGACUGGGGCCUGCCGCUGUGGGAAAUAUAACCACACUGGCUACCAACCCUGAGGAUAACUCGCUCUACCCAGUCCUCCUGAUGGGAAGUAACCACCACAUCCUGAGAGUGGAACUGGACGGGGGAAACGACUACUGGUCCGAAACUGAGGACGACAUAUUGUUUGAGUCCGCCAACGAUAGCGUCAGCAUUAUAGGUGUGGCCUUCCAUGUGAGAAGACAACAGGUGUACUACAGCGACACGGCAGGUACAGUGGGGCGUGUCUCCAUGGUGAACUCCAGUGACACAGACGUCAUCCUGACAGGUGUCCAUCAACUGUCAUACCUGUCUGUGGACUGGUUACAUGACAGGCUGUACUAUGUGUCAGGCAGAGACAUGAUGAGAUGUUCCCUGGAUGGAAGCCGACAGGAGGUGGUGCUGCAGUACCUCUCUCAAUCACCAGGGGAGCUGCUGGUCAACCCCUAUCAUGGGUUCCUGUACUGGACCCAGGCCGGUGUGGGAGGGGGGCUGUACAGAAUGGACCUCGCACAUGUUGGCAUCAACGCCACCAACACCACCCAGCUCAUCGCAGAGCAAGACCACCUCCAAGCCGUCACCAUCAGCUACUCCUCCCUCCGUCUCUUCUUCCCGGACAAACAGAUGAACGUCAUGCUCUCUACCUUCAUCGAUGGCAGCGACCGCGAAGACUUCCACGCCAACACCGUGAGCCCUCAGCUCGCCGACGUCAAGAGCCUGACGCAUUUCGAGGAGAGCUUCUUCUGGACUCGCGGGAACGACCAGGUUUAUAGAGAAGAGCUGAACCCGAAUACGGGACAGUUCUUUCACAACCAGUUCACCUUCAACUUUGAGUUCUUUGCAGAGCCUUUUGUAGGUCUGGAGAUGUACCAUCCAUCGAUGCAACCCAUACCAGUUCCAGCCAACCCUCCGCAAAAGUUUACAGUGCUGUUUGGAGAUGAGUCUGUUUUUCUGAGCUGGUCUGAACCAGAACAACUCGGCACAUUUGGUAAGGGAGCCUGGGCAGACUGGCUGUAUGAACUUGAAGUUCAGAACCUGGACAACCAGGAUGAAAACUCCACCAGAGUAUCUGACAUCACAGCACACAACUACACACUACAGGGGCUGGAGAAGGGAACACAGUACAGCUUCUCUGUCAGGGCUUACUCACAGGGAGGCCAGGGGCCAUGGAGCAGCACCUUUGUGGGGAAAGUGUACUCACAUGUAUCCACUGCCCCAAGUCUGAUGCUGGUCACCCCUGAGGGAGUGGUACGGUCCAACAUCGAUGGUUCAUCCGUCCAGACUGUUCAGCCCAACAUCACAGAUGCUGCAGAUCUUGCUUGGAUGGACACCAACCUGUACUAUGUCACCAGUGGGGGUGAUGUUGCUUAUUGGAACAUCUCGGGAGAAGUCCAGGAAGUGUCUCCCCUCCCCUGGGUGACCAGUGCGCGUGCAGUUGCUGUAGACUGGAUCGGCAGGAAGCUGUACUGGGCAAACUCUGCACAGCACAGGAUCUACAGGUCCCAGCUGAACGGAGACUCCGUGGAACAAGUGAUGAGUGCCUCUGUACAGGACCUGGAGAUCGACUCCCUCUCAGGUCACCUGUUCUGGACGUCCGCGCACAGCGUAGAACGUGCCCGUCUGAACGGACAGGACAGGACCACAUACUGGAGGGUGGAGAACUUCUCAGGCAGGCAGCUGGCUGGGAUCACACUGGACACCCGUGGCGAGAUGAUGUACUGGCUAGUUAGUGGGCUGGACAUGCUGGAUCUGUACCAGGCUAGCAGCACUGCUGAUGGAAAUGUGGUAUCCAGCACAGUGCAGUCACUGGUAUCAGUCAAUUCUUACACUGUGAAUCACAUUCUUCACUUCUACAAUGGCAAACUCUUCUGGCUGGACUCUGACACGAAAAUCGCUGUCCGAGACGUCAACAGUUCUGAUGUUGCGACCGUCCCCAUGGCAACAAACAAACUUACCACAUUCACUGUGGUCCAACCUUCCCUACAGCCCCUACCAGUGGGGUACAACUCCACCCCCAGCGUUGUCCCAGAGGCCGUUCACCCCUUGGAGAUCACAGUGGCGGGCUCGUGGGAUGGCUUCAACAUCACCUGGGCUGCCGCUCGGGGCGUGGAGUACGGAACAACACUCUACGACGUCACGCUGCAUUAUGGGAACAGGCAGUAUGCAAGGGUUACAAGCGACACCCAUUACACCAUCGGAGAUGCCCCACCCUACACACCUCUGGUCCUGACCGUGUUACCUUUCACCUACUGGGGGUCAGCAGGUCAGGUCACAGUUCAUCUCAGGUCACCAGAGUCAGUGCCAUCAGUUCCUGUCAGACCCAGGGUUUUCAUCUCUGAGAACUCCGACCCCCUCUCAACACAAACCACGUACACUGCACAGUUCCGCUGGUCACCCCCUCAGCAGGAAAAUGGACUCAUCCAGGGAUACAACGUCUUCUAUCAGAAUGCCUCCACCCAGAAUGCAUCAGCCGGGUAUUCUGUUGCUAUGACAACUGUAUCCAACAGCACUUUUCAGUUUACUCUGGAGAACCUAGAGUCUGGGACAACUUACUCUUUUCAGGUGGAAGCCUUCACCUCGGCUGGCGUUGGGCCCAGAACUGAGGCUGUCAACGCCACCACUCAAGUUGUGACACCACCACCCCAGCUUCUUGUCAUUGGUGAUUCUGGGCUCUCAUUGGCCGACAUGGACACCAAUCAGGAGACAGGACUGACCCAGGAGGACGUUGACCCCGUCGCCAUGGGUUACCUGGGCCAGGAAGAUACCAUCCUGUUUGUGGAUGGGAGAACCAACUGGCUCAUGUCUGUACACAGAGAUGGGACAAACUUGAAACAGCUUGCCCAGCUGGACUCUGCUCCCACGACCCUGGCAGUGGACUGGGUGGGGAGGGGGGUGUACUGGCUGGAGGGAGGGGGGAUGUACCGUUACAGACUCGAGUCGGAGGACCCCACCCCCGCCCUGCUGGCAUCUGGGCUGGGCCAGACUGGAGAGUUAGUGAUUGAUCCCCUGCAGAGCAAACUUUUCUGGACAGCAACAGUCGACAACAGAACCAACAUCUGGACUUCAGACUUAGAGGGGACCAAUCCAACUCCACUAUUCCCCAGCUCACCUCAGCGCAACAAGAGGGAAGCCAACACCCCCUCUCCUGCCCCAGUGGCAUCACCCACUUGUACCUGCCCACAGGACAUCACUGUAGGGUCAGGCCUGUCCAUUGAUGGGGUAGGGGAUGGCAGGCCUGAGGUGUACUUCUGUGAGGAGACAGUCAUCUGGGCAGCAGAUACCCAGGGGUGCACCUGUCGGGUUGUGUACAAUGGGACAGGUGAAGCUGACACAGGGCUCCCCUGUGACUCCCUGACCGUGGACACCACCCGUGUGUACUGGACCAACACUGCCCAGAACAGGCUCUGUAGCCUGGAGAAGGCUUCUGGGCGAGACAAAGUAUGUCAAAACAACCCAGGGGCCAACUCUGUGCUGUCCUACAGUCCUAGUCUACAGCCAUAUCCUGCCAGAGUGGAGUAACAGUACCCUUGACAGCAAUGCCACCUUGUGGAACAUCACAGAACUGCAGGCUUACAGAGAGUAUCUUCUGCGAGUCCAGGUGACCUACAGGUCAGGACAGCUGUACCAGUCUCAGCCUUUGACCCAACGCACUGAUUCUGGCGUCCCGGGCCCUCCCACGUCAGUUGGGGUGCGGCAGAUUAAGAGCGAGUUUGACGUCUCGUGGGCGGAGCCUGCUCGAGACAACGGGGCGGAAGUAACAGACUACAUCCUUCAGUGUGCUGUCGAAGAUGAUAACAUCACAGAAUCUGAUUGGACGACAAAGUACGAGGGAAACGAGACCCACUGGAUCAUCAACGACCUGACCAGCGGAACCCUGUACGUGUUCCGUGUGGCGGCGCUGAACGAUCUCGGACAGGGGCCCUACAGCCCGCUCACCCAGCCAAUCAGAUAUCAGCCAGCUGUGCAAGAACAAGGAGGGAAUGUAGCUGGGAUCAUCGCUGCCUGUGUGAUGGUGGGCGUGGUCCUUAUCCUGGCUGUCAUCAUCAUCGUUAUCCUGCGCCGGCGCCGACAGAAGGGCUCGACGCUCGCCAUGGACGCCGUGGGCUACCGACCGGACCUGGAGCUAGCCAGGCUCAGGGAUCUGCCCAGGGACCCCAACUUCCACUCAGAGAACAGCGCUCUCUAUGCAGUCAGUGCCCUGCCAGAGUUGGAUGUCUCCAAGCUCCCCCUGUACCCUCGUCACAAGCUCAGCCUCACCAAAAUGCUGGGGAGCGGCGCAUUCGGCGAGGUGUUCGAGGGAACGGCCACAGAUAUCCUCGGCCCUCGAACAGGGGACACAAGAGUCGCUGUCAAGACCCUCCACAAAGGAGCCACUGACCAAGAAAAGGGAGACUUCCUUAAAGAAGCUCACCUGAUGAGUCAGUUCAAGCACGCGAACAUCGUGGCGCUGCGGGGGGUAUGUCUGGACAACAACCCACAGUACAUCAUACUGGAGCUCAUGGACCAGGGGGAUCUCAAGUCUUACCUUCAUGCUAACAGGCCCAACCCUCUCCGGCCCUCCCAGCUUGACCUAAUGGAUUUGAUUGACAUCUGUCUGGAUGUGACGCGGGGCUGCAAGUAUCUGGAGGAGAUGCACUUCGUUCACAGAGAUUUGGCUGCGCGUAACUGCCUGGUAGACACCCAGAACAACAAGCGGACGGUGAAGAUCGGAGACUUCGGGCUAGCGCGGGACAUCUACAGGAACGACUACUACCGUAAGGAGGGGGAGGGGCUGCUGCCGGUGCGCUGGAUGUCACCGGAGAGCCUGGUGGAUGGAGUCUUCACCAACCAAUCAGACGUCUGGUCCUUUGGCGUGCUGCUGUGGGAGAUCAUGACGAUGGGAAACCAGCCGUAUCCUGCCAGAACCAACCUGGAGGUCAUGCAUUUUGUACGCAGUGGGGGGAGGCUGGACAAACCCUACAACUGUCCGGAUGACAUCCACCAGUUGAUGCUGCGUUGUUGGAGCAAAACCGCGUCCAACCGCCCGACCUUCCGCUAUUCGCUGGACUUCCUCGAGCGGUUCAAGCGCACGUCCAUCCGCGGGAGCGUGGGGGGCGUCGACAACCGUGGUUACCAGGGAGACGGGGACACGGGAGGCAGCAGGGUCAGAGGUCAGAGCGACUCAGGAGGGGUGUACAACAACGCCUUCAGUGAUGAUGAAGAUGAGGGUAGCAAGGCCAGCGUCGCCUACGGAGGAGUCCUGGAGACGGUAACCCGUGGCAACAGUGGCAUCAACUACCUGCAAAUGGGAGCAGAUGGAGGGGAGGAUGCAGCAGGGAGUGGUCCAGGGAGGAGGCUGAACUACCUGUCCAUGGGGGCAGGGUUACAGGAGAAUGGUCCACGGGAUGACACAUCAGAAGAACCUUCUACCAAAAGAAGCAGCUACCUGGACAUGGCAGCAGCAGCUACAGAGCCUGAUGAUGAGCCAGCUACAGAGGACCCAGCUCCAAAAAGAACCAGCUACAUGGACAUGGCUGACUUAACUGAGUCUCAAUUGGCAGAGUCAGAUGAUCAUGAUGCCACAAAUCGUCCUUCCCGAACCAGGCUGAGUUACGUGGAGAUGGCGCCGAUGACAGACGAUUCUGACGCCGAUGAUCUAGACGCGAUCCUUGAGGACGACCAUCCGAGCUUUGUGCGAGGGUCGCUAGCGCGAACCAGCUCUCACCUCUCUGGGAUUUCUGGCGGAUAUUUCUCAAGGAACGAUUCGCGAAAACGGUCGGGAAAGUCGCCGCGCGGUUCAAACCGAAGCCUGAAGAAGCGAACGCCGCAGACAAGCCCGGCGACUGCCCGCAAAGCUGAUACGGUCACCUACGCCAACGUGAGACUACCAGAGUCAUCUAGCGGUGCAGAGGGGGCUACAGGGGGUGCACACCCCUCUCAUGCCUACACAAACGUUAUGCCUGCUGCUUAUGUGUAGUUCGAGGUGCAACAUUGAACUAGCUGAUGUGUUGCUGGACAGUCUUACUUAAUGCUGAGCAUAUCAAUCUGUAUGUGUAGGAGGGGACCUUAAAACUUUGUAAUCCAUUAUUCUACAACAAGUGGCCCAAGCUAUUUAUACACGAGUGCCUCAACUUACAUGUACUGUAUGUGUAGUAGGCAUUGCCAAAAAGUUGAAGCUCAAAUAAUGCCAUGCAAGAAAUUAUCAGAAUUUUUUAAAACAUAUCUGUCUAAGUAUGAAACUAAUGAAAACAAUUUUACAAAAGAAAUCUUAAAGUGGUCCAAUUUUGAUCUUCCUACUUAAAUGUAUGGCUGCCAAGCUAGAAAGAGCUGAAAAGAUGCCAUACAGGAAAGCAUUUACUUAAUAUUAAGAAUGUCAAUCUAUGUGCCUUAAAAUGAAGGGACCAAAAUGUAAUAGUAUUCAAAGGUGGUCCAAGCAUGCUACCUUGUGGGAGUAUGCCUAGAAGAUUCCUGUGUCCAGCAGGCAGCUAAUAUGGAGCUGAAAAAUGUGUUGUUAAGAAAGACUUGUAAUACUCAAAAGCAUAUCAUGACCUAUGAAUACAUAUGUACAUGAACAACUAUGUAUACAGAAGGGACUAUACAAUGUUAUGGAACUCAAAAGUGGUCCAAACAUGCAUCUUCGGGAGGCAUGUUACUUUGGAAUGUAGAUUUAUCAACAACUUUACUAAUCGCUAUGCAAUCAACUUAUCAUUAUCAAUACUGAAGUUUGGUACAGGCCAUUUUAGAUGUGGGGGUGUCAGUGAAGGUUGAAUUGAAAUUGUUCUUUCCUGUCUGAAUCCCAUGCUGAUCCCCCUCAGAAUCAGAAUGGUCUUUUCCAUUUGCAAUUCAUACCUAAUGCGUAUAUUAAGAUAUCAAAUAAGCUAUAUGUAGAUCAUCAAUUAUUAUACUUCUUAUACUUUUGAUGUUUUAAUCAGUGAAUAUUUCCCCUGGAGGGUCAAGGUUCAAGAUCAUUCCAAUUUUUUACUCAAUAAUUUGCUCGAUAUCAAUAACAAUUUAUUUGUGAAUCUUAUCAAGUAUUUCAGUCUGGCUACCCCUUUGAAAGGGAGUGAUGAUUGGUGUUAUGAAAGUAUUUUGUACUUUUAAUCACAUAUGCAUAGUUAUAUAAAUAUAGGCUUUUAUAUUUUUACACAAGUCUGGGAAAUGUUGCAUUGUAUGUAUAUCCUUAAUGCAGUAUUAUCUAAUGUUAUUGUUUAUCUUGUAAAUAAGGUGCUUAUGUUGAGUAGUCAAAUGUGCUUAAUAUGCAAUGUCAUUUAAGUUCUGUUCCUUAUCGCUUGGACAUUUUAAGGUUGAAAUUAAGAAAGAGGGCAAGAUGCAAACAGAGAAUAGGAAAUUUGAAUCUGACUAUAUGAUAUAUCCAAACUGGAUGUGUUUGAAUAUAAUGUUAGUUCACAUUUAUCCAAGGGAUAAUCUAUAUCCAUUGUUUUGUUAACAUGUUGUCUAGAGAAUAAAUCAAGUCAAUAGACGGUGGUCUCAAGUUGAGAUAUUUUCAAACUAAUUAGAGAGAAAAAACUAUUGCAGUUUGAAACCACCAUCAGUCGACUCGAUAUCCCCAAAUACCUUAUCUUUAAAAACAACGGAUAUAGGUUACCCCACAGAUAAAGGUUGAGUAGCGCUACAGACUUUCCUCUCAAACUGUUUUCAUGUUGAUCUUGUAGUUUGAUAUUUUUAUGAGCCAAGAAACAAAAUAUUAGAUGAGUGUAGCCCUGAAUGGAAAAGUUUACAAUAAAGAAAAAUCUUCCAACA